GUGCGUAUCAGAACACGCGUCACGUGCUUUUCGAAAGCACAGCAGAAAAGUGUUCACUGGAAGGUGAACUUACGCCAACCGAGAAGGGCGGAUUCGAGCGAAGAAGGAAGCUCAGAGCUUCGGAAAAACGGAAAACAAGAGGGUCGCACAGGCGGCCUUCUUUUAUUAUCGCCUCAAUUCCCGCUACAUUUGCCGGAGAAAAGGUGGCAAUUAACUACUCAACACCAUCAGUAGUUUUGGCUACAACUGCCUGCCUCUUCUCGGUCAUAGCGCGCACGUGGUCGCAACAUAAAAGGUGGAAGUUAGCCACACAGCAUCAUCGUAGCGAUUUUCGCUUCUACGGUGCCCGACGUCGUGGUUCAUAUUUUGGUGGCCAGCCAUUUAAUAUCACCUGCAGCUCCAGCUGCAAAUUUCUCGCUGCAUUCGUCGGAGGAAAGGUGGCACGUGAUAACAUCCCGACAUCGACGGCAUCAACCGACUUGCUGCGCUCGCAGUGGGAACAUCAACGGUGGUGUUCAGCCACACAGCACCAUCUUCUGGAUUCCGCAAUCGCAGUGCACACUGUGGUGAUUAGCCACUCAACAUCAUCGACUGCUCCGGCCGCAAUUUCUCACUGCACCUGCAGUGCUGCAAUCAGCUGUGGCAUCGGGCCACAUAUUAUCGUCAGCAGCUUCGACUGCACUUUUCGGCUGCACCUGCAGUGCCGAAUCAACUGUGGCAUUGGGCCAUUCAUCAUUUACGGCACUGCUCGACUGCAUCGCGGUCGUCGCAACAACGGAACACAUCAGUGAAACCAUUUGGGGCAUGAUGCCGGAGGCGGCGAGAGGAGGUUUGCCCACACCAAGGAGGAGGAGGAAAAGCUUCGUGGCCACUCAGUGCGCUGCAGCGCCUUCAUGGAGGAUGCCGUAAGUUCAAUAGAAUCUGAAUGAAAAUGC